AUGAGUUCACUUCAAGAGAGGUUGCAGUUAAAACGGGUUCCUUUGGAUACGUGGAAUAUAAGGGAACAGCUAUGCCUAGCGUCGGCUGUAGUAAGGAGUGGAGAUCAGAAUUGGAUGUCGGUAUCUCGGGCCUUAAAAACCGUCGGCGAACCAAGUAGGCCCCCGGAUUGGUACUCCCAGAAGAGCUGUGCAGCUCAAUAUGGGGCGCUACUGGAGCAUGUGGAGACCCCAAAGCGCAAGAAACGAAGCUCGGAAGGCGCUGUGGAGACACCGCAAGAGAGUAUCUUGAAACGACUCACCCAAGAACGUGUAGUAGAGAUUCAGAAAAAUAUUGCUGAAAUGAAUCAGCAGUACGAACAGUUGCAGAACGAAAUAGCUGAAGUCCGUAAUUCAGCUACUUCAGAAGAGCGCUUACAAGAGCUGUGGGCGGGUAUAGAAGCGGCGAAACGCGCGAGGGAAAGAGAGAGCGCGCGGCGGGCCGCCUGGUUGAAAGAAAGAGAGGAGAGACGGGCGAGAGCCGAGAAGACAUGGAAACCGCCACAGCAAGGCGCUCCGGGAUCUGGUACUCCCGCUCCGCCCUCGUCACCAUUACUGACGUCCCUAUUGAAGUCCUCGCCGGUGGUCACCACGCCCCAGCACAUCCCUCACCCGGCUACUGUAGUGGAGACGAUAUCGCCAUCAGCAGGAGCACCGACGCUGUCGAUGCUUCUAGAAAAGCCCCAAGGUGGCACAAGCCCGCACGAGAGCAAGCACGCGGCAAUCGAGCAUAUUAAGAGUCAACUGGUUCAAAUCGAGCAGCAACUUAAAGCGAGCACGUCGACGCCAUCAGCCGUACCUCUGACGCCCACGGUCCCAGCGGUGGACAUCGACGACAUAGAGAUAAAGGCGGAGGACGUGUACGCGUUCCGGGACAUCGACAUCCACAUCCCCCCAGUCACGGCCAUGCACAAACCGGCUGCUAGGAUUGAGAAACCCGUGUUCAAAAAAGAAGAAGAGGAGUCGUCGCCCACAGAGAUUAUAGAUGCUGUGGAGCCGAUCGGAGAUAUGGAUAUAAAGAUGGAACCGGUGACCGUGGACUCGGCUGCCGAAGAAAUAUUGGACACUGAAAUUGAAACGAAUGAAGAAGAAAUAGUAGAAGAAGUGCCUCCACAACCGGUGGAGAUUAGGGAACCGACACCAGAAGUGGAAGUGAAGAUCGCUUUCCCGGAAGUGAAGUUCCCAACGCCGGAAAUAAAAGUGAUACAACCUGAAGACCAAAAGAUUAAAGAAGACGUGAAAGAACCGGAAGCGCCGCCACCGGAACCGGAGAAAGUAGUGGAAGAAAUACCUCAGCCGGAAGAAGAACCAGCAGUUGUGCCUGUUGAAGAAGAAAGCAGUGAAAUAGUCCCAGAGCCAGUGGUAGAAGAAGAGAAAAAAGAAGAAGCUAUUGAAGAGCCACCACAAGAAGAAAAAGAACCCGUUAGUGCAGAAGUAGUGGUGGAAGAGACGCAGAGAACGGAAGAAAUACCUUUACCACCAGAGAUCAUAGAAGACGAAAAGACAGAGGAAACAGCUGAUGAAACAACAGUACCAGAGAUAACUGAAAAACCUCAGAAAGAACCACAAGUAGCACAAGAGGUGGAAACGCCGCAAGAAAUCGUUCAAGUAAAAGAAGAAGUCAAAGAGCAGGUAGAAGACGUAGAAAAGAAGGAGGUAGAAAAGAAAGAGACAGAAGUGGCUAACGUAGAAGAAAAGUUGACAGAGGACAUUAAGAAGGAUGAAGACGCUGAGGAUUCAAUACCGCUGAAGGAGAUGCUAAAGGAAGAAGCACCAGCAGCCACUGUACAGGCUGUAGCGGAAACAGGAGCGGGCGCGGCAGCGGAAGCGGAAGAGAAGAGCGAGCGGCCUGUUGACACGGAAGAUGCCCACACAGAAACGGACGAUGACACGCCUAUGGAAUUGAGCCGUGAAGAAGAAAAGGACGGGAAAAAGAAAAGAGAUUAUUCACGAAAGAAAAAGUCUGAAUCAAGGACUUGUUCUGGAUCCGAGAGCGCUGCAGAAGCGAGUGCUCCAGACUCUCCCAGCGCUAAUGAUGCGGAGAGACAGCAUCGGCUAUGGCGGAAGAGCGUUAUGCUGGUUUACAGCAGGUUGUGCGCACACAAGUACGCGUCGCUGUUCCUGCGGCCGAUAAGCGACGAGGAAGCCCCCGGAUACAGCAUGGUGGUGAAGAGACCAAUGGACCUGACUACCAUCAGGAGGAACAUCGACGCUGGGGUUAUCCGGACGACGGCGGAGUUCCAGCGCGACGUGCUGUUGAUGCUGUCCAACGCGCUCAUGUACAACAGCAGCGAGCACAGCGUCUACAGGAUGGCCAAGGAGAUGCACGAAGAGGCUCAGUGCCAGCUGGGCAUGCUGCUGGCGGCGCAGGCGCACGCGGGGCUGGUGGCCGCGCCGCCGCGCCGCAAGCGUCGCGCGCACCACGCGCACCACAACACACCCAAGCGCACGCACAACUGA